GGUAUGAAGGCUCACAGCAGUGAUGUCGUAGUGUUUGUCCGGAUCAGACCGACCGCCAACUUCGCUCAAGGCCUCAUUGAAUGUCUUCCUGAUGGGCAGACAGUGAACAUCUAUCAAAGAAAAGACUCCAGGAAGCUCCAGGAAUCCAAAAAAGGACGGCUGAGGUCCUGGUCAUUCCGGCUGGAGGGGGUCCUGCAGGAUGUGUCUCAGGAGGAAGUGUAUACCCGAGUGUGUCGAAGGGUGGUACAGGGAGCACUGGAUGGCUAUAAUGGUACUGUGAUGUGCUUUGGGCAGACAGGUGCAGGAAAAACCUACACCAUGACAGGAUCUACAGAAUCAUACAAGCAGAGAGGAAUCAUUCCUCGGGCCCUUCAGGAGGUGUUUCAGGAGGUGGAGAAGAGGACAGAUCAUUCUUUUUCAGUCCACCUGUCUUACCUGGAGAUCUACAAUGAGACCCUCGUGGACCUGCUGGCACCGCUACAGGACUCACCUCACCUGUCUCCUCGGGCCAUGGUGGUGAUGGAAGAGCCAGGCAGAGGGGUGUUCAUCAGAGGUCUUUCUCUUCACCCAGUUCACACCGAAGAAGAGGCACUCAAUCUGCUGUUUGAGGGUGAGAUGAAUCGCGUUAUUGGAUCUCAUGCCCUGAACAGGAACUCCUCCAGGUCCCACUGUAUCUUCACUUUGCAUAUAGAGGCUCACUCACGGACUUUAUCUGAUGCUGAGUACAUCACCUCAAAGCUGAGUCUGGUGGAUUUGGCUGGGUCUGAGAGGUUGGGAAAGACUGGGUCCGAGGGUCAGAUGUUAAAAGAAGCAACAUAUAUCAACAAGUCCUUGUCGUUCCUGGAGCAGGCCAUCCUCGCUAUGGCAGACCGCCGCAGAGACCAUGUUCCCUUCAGACAAACUAAACUCACACAUGCCCUUAAAGAUUCACUGGGAGGUAACUGCAACACUGUGCUUGUGGCCAACAUCUAUGGUGAGGCUGCACACAUAGAAGAAACACUCUCUACUCUCCGUUUUGCGAGCAGAAUGAAAUGCGUCCGGACUGACCCUGCAAUUAAUGAACACAUGGAUCCAGCUCUUCAGAUCAAGAAACUUCAGAAGGAGGUACAGAUGCUUAAAGAGGAACUGUCCAUCUACAAUACACUUGUGAGGAGGCCGAGCAUCACGUACGAGCCGUUGUCUGAAGCCCAGCUGGCUGAGAUCAACGGCCAGGUUCAGAGGUACCUAGAUGGAAGCCUGAAGGAAAUCAGUAUUAUAAGUAUCAGGCAGGUCCACGCAGUCUUUGCCCAGUUUAAGCUUGCUAUUGAGGAACAGGAGCAGAAGGUGAAAGCUCAACUAUGCCAGACCUACAACUUGGUGGAGAAAAACCAAAUUGCUAACACAUCUGCCAUCAAGGAGUUAGAUACCAGGAGCAGCACUGAGGAUGUUGAAGCUGGCAACAUUGGGGUGUCUGCUCAGUCACAGAAACAGACCCAGCGUCCAAGUUCAACCAAAUCCAAAACCAAGAAGCAGAGGGACAAACAGAGCCAAAGCAAAAGGCAGGAAGAAGGUAGUCCAGUUUCAAGAAGACAUGUGGAGAGUGCCUCCAAAUCAAAGCUGAAUUCUAUCCAGAUACCUGAGGGGGAACUGGAGUCACAAGAACCAGACACUGAGAGCCCGGACACACAGGAAUCACAGCAGCCUGGCAAUGAACCCUCUCACUCUGAACCUCAUCCACUCAAAGCAGAGGCAUUUGAGGAUUUUAAGGUGGGACAAGGCAGCAAGAUCAACUGCAUCCUUAAGGAGAACAAGGCUGUGCUGCUAGAACGCCGCAGGCUCCUUCAGCAGCUCAUUGAGGAGGUCAACGCUGUCAAGAGAGAGAUUGAUUGCACAACGGCUACCAUACAGCAGCACAAACAGAUGAGAGAAACCCAAGGUCAGUAUUUGGUUAUGGAGGAGGAGCCAGAUGCCACUUUAUUGUUGCAGCUCAGAGAGCUGAAGGCCCUGUACCGGCAGAGGUAUGAGGCACUGCGUAACAUCAAGGCAGAGGUCAACUACUGUCAACACCUUGUGGAUCAAUGCAGGGUGCACCUGCUCUCUGGUCAGUUUUGA